UCUCUGCAGCCACCGCGCUUCUCCCGCUGGAGCUGGCUCCCGCCUUGACUGCCCCUCGGCCCUUCCCUGCCUAGUCUCGGACGCCCGGCGCCCCCCGCACCCGGAUCGAUUCACUCCAAAGCCGGAGGGGCGCCCUGCAGGAUCCUGCCGCUCUCCUCCGGGUUCCCGGGGCUAGCGCUCUCCAGAGAGGGGCGCUCUCGGCGACUCCUGCCCCGCCGCCCCUGACCGCCGGGGGGUGCCCCAGGGACGUCGCGUCGCGGAGAGGAGGAGGCAAAGGGGACCAUGCGGCGCCUGACUCGCCGCCUGGCGCUGCCGAUCUUCGGGGUGCUCUGGAUCACCGUGCUGCUGUUCUUCUGGGUAACCAAGAGGAAGUUGGAGGUGCCGCCCGAACCUGAAGUGCGGACCCCCAAGCCUUCUGAUGCUGACUGGGAAGACCUAUGGGAGCAGUUUGACGAGCGGCGGUAUCUGAAUGCCAAAAAGUGGCGUGUUGGCGACGAUCCCUAUAAGCUCUAUGCUUUCAACCAGAGGGAGAGCGAGCGCAUCUCCAGCAACCGGGCCGUCCCGGACACUCGUCAUCUGAGGUGCGCACUGCUGGUGUACUGCAAAGACCUCCCGCCCACCAGCAUCAUCAUCACCUUCCACAAUGAGGCCCGCUCCACCCUGCUCAGAACCAUCCGCAGUGUAUUAAACCGCACUCCCAUGCAUCUGAUCCAGGAAAUCAUAUUAGUGGAUGACUUCAGCAAUGACCCUGAUGACUGCAAUCAGCUCAUCAGGCUGCCCAAGGUCAAGUGCUUACGCAACACUGAGAGGCAAGGUCUGGUUCGGUCCCGAAUACGGGGUGCUGAUGCUGCGCAGGGCACCACUCUGACGUUCCUGGACAGCCACUGUGAGGUGAACAGGGACUGGCUCCAGCCCCUGUUGCACAGGGUCAAAGAGGACUACACGCGCGUGGUGUGCCCUGUGAUUGACAUCAUUAACCUGGACACCUUCAGCUACAUCGAGUCUGCCUCAGAGCUGAGAGGGGGGUUUGACUGGAGCCUGCACUUCCGGUGGGAACAGCUCCCCCCAGAGCAGAAGGCUCAUCGCCUGGACCCCACUGAGCCCAUCAGGACUCCUAUCAUAGCUGGAGGGCUCUUCGUGAUUGAUAAAAACUGGUUCAACUACCUGGGGAAAUACGACAUGGAUAUGGACAUCUGGGGUGGGGAGAACUUUGAAAUCUCCUUUCGUGUGUGGAUGUGCAGCGGCAGCCUGGAGAUCAUCCCCUGCAGCCGAGUGGGGCACGUCUUCCGGAAGAAGCACCCUUACGUUUUUCCUGAUGGAAAUGCCAACACAUACAUCAAGAACACGAAACGGAUAGCUGAAGUGUGGAUGGAUGAAUACAAACAGUACUUCUAUGCAGCGCGGCCUUUUGCCCUGGAGAGGCCCUUUGGGAACAUUGAGAGCAGAGUGAGCCUGAGGAGGAACCUGAACUGUCAGAGCUUCAAGUGGUACCUGGAGAAUGUCUACCCGGAACUCAGAGUCCCCGAGGAUUCCUCCAUCCAGAAGGGCAAAAUCCGGCAGAGGCAGAAGUGCCUUGAGUCUCAAAAGCAGAACCAAGAGGUCUUAAACCUAAAACUGAGCCCCUGCGCCAAGAUCAAAGGCGAGGAUGUAAAGUCCCAGGUGUGGGCCUUCACGUACACCCAGCAGAUCAUCCAGGAGGAGCUGUGCCUGUCAGUCAUUACCUUGUUUCCUGGUGCCCCGGUGGUUCUUGUGCUUUGCAAGAAUGGAGAUUCCAGACAGCAAUGGACCAAGACGGGCUCCCGCAUCGAGCACGUAGCAUCGCACCUCUGCCUAGACACUGAUGUGUUCGGUGACAGCACAGAAGAUGGCAAGGAGAUUGUGGUCAACCCAUGUGAGUCCUCACUCAUGAGCCAGCACUGGGACAUGGUGAGCUCUUGAGGACCCUGGGCGGAUCCAGCUUGGGCCAGGGGUAGUGCUUGCCCGGGCCAGAACAGACUGGAAACCAGGCUAUGAAGAGCCAGUGACUGCACCAGACGCCCUGAACUGGAGGUCAUCGAGCGAAGCCCCCCAGGACAGGAGCAGCUGUCUCAGGGAGGAUGGAAGAAAAGAUCACAAGCCAACAGGCUCAGUGAGAAUCCCACGCGUUCUCGAUGUUGUGAAGUUCCAGUCCUGGCUGUGUCUUCCCCUGAUUGGUCCCCGGAGGCCCAGACCUGAAGGGAAAUGUUUGUCGUUCCCUCUCUGUACAAAAGAGGCACCCACGGAGACCAGGGAGGAAAGUUUUCCUCGUCACCAGGCCAGGACUAAGUUGAGAGAUGAAGGAUGGAGGUGGUUUUUCAG